CGGCGUUGCCCUAGCAACAGACUCCGGACGCGCCUCGGCCUCCAGGCUACUGGCUUCCGAGCCCUGGAGCUCUCUCUCUACCUGCCUUGCGGGUUUCCAGCACCAUGUCGGUACGGACGCUACCGCUGCUCUUCUUGAACUUGGGUGGGGAGAUGCUUUACAUCCUUGACCAGCGGCUGCGGGCCCAGAACAUCCCAGGAGACAAGGCCCGCAAAGUUCUGAAUGACAUCAUUUCGACCAUGUUCAAUAGAAAGUUUAUGGAGGAAUUGUUCAAACCCCAAGAGCUCUACUCCAAAAAGGCCCUGAGGACCAUCUACGACCGCCUGGCUCAUGCUUCCAUUAUGAGAUUGAACCAGGCCAGCAUGGACAAGCUCUAUGACCUGAUGACUAUGGCUUUCAAAUAUCAAGUAUUACUGUGUCCCCGACCCAAGGAUGUGCUGCUGGUCACUUUCAAUCAUUUAGAUGCCAUCAAGGGAUUCAUCCACGACUCCCCAACCAUCCUUCAUCAAGUGGAUGAGACUUUCCGGCAGCUGACAGAAGUGUACGGGGCUCUCUCCGCAGGUGAGUUCCAGCUGAUCCGGCAGACGCUCCUCCUCUUCUUUCAAGACCUACACAUCCGAGUAUCCAUAUUUCUAAAGGACAGAGUUCAGAAUUCUAAUGGUCGCUUUGUGAUGCCAGUGUCGGGGCCUGUUCCCUGGGGAACUGAAGUUCCAGGACUCAUCAGAAUGUUCAACCACAAAGGUGAAGAAGUGAAGAAGAUAGAAUUCAAGCAUGGUGGAGACUAUGUCACUGCCCCCAAAGAAGGCUCUUUUGAACUUUAUGGAGACCGGGUCUUGAAACUGGGAACUAACAUGUACAGCGUGCAUCGGCCUGUGGAAACGCAUAUGUCCGGGGCAUCCAAGAACUUAGCCUCACGGACACAGAAAAGCAUUGCUCCAAAUCCUCUUGCUAAAGAAGAGCUGAAUUUCCUGGCCAGGCUAAUGGGAGGAAUGGAGAUUAAGAAACCCAGCGGCCCUGAACCAGGAUUCCGGUUGAAUCUCUUUACUACUGAUGAAGAAGAGGAACACGCAGCGCUGUCCAGGCCAGAAGAAUUAUCCUACGAAGUUAUCAACAUACAAGCUACACAGGACCAGCAGCGGAAUGAAGAGCUGGCUCGGAUCAUGGGAGAGCUCGAGGUCACUGAGCAGCCGAGGCAGAGCACCAGCAAAGGGGAUGAUCUGCUCGCCAUGAUGGAUGAGUUAUAGCUGUGCUGACCGGGCACAGCCCGGCCCACCUCCCUGAGGACAGAAAACUCCAGGGUCCAAAAUGAUGCUGCUAGUUUUUCACCGAGCAAGGCCAUUACCUCUAGUUCCUGCUUAUGUUGUAACAAACUGUGCAGUUUUCCUCAGAGAGUACACUUCCCUGAGGACGCACAUGCACGUCUUUUCAGCAAAAUACAUUCUGACUCACAAACUGAA